UAUGGCGCUAAUGUAACAACUGUUAGCUGUUUUCGCAUUGAUAUUACUUGUCCAGUGCACCACAUUUUAACAAAUCCCUUAACAAAAAAACAGUUUUGUUUAGAAUAAAUUUUUAACAGCAAUACAAAGAAUAAAAUCACCAAGAAAUUUUUUUGUCAAGAAAAAACAAACAGAUUUACAAUGAAUUCAACGGAGAAUGAUAACAGAAAUACCCAGAAGUUUCAAAAAAACCUUGAUGAAACAUUAGAAGAAAAAGAAAAAUUAAAAAAUCUAUUGUCAUCAACAAAAAGUGAAUGUAAUUUAUUAAAAAGUCGAAUUGAAUCAGCAACUGAUGAAUUGAGAAAAGUUAAUAAAGAAAUUCAAGACAUACAAAUUAAGAAAAAAUUGUUAAUAAAAAAACAAGUUAUCAGACGACAAAGAGAACAAAAGGCACAAAAAGAUUUACACUCACUAAUUUCAGAUAAACAAAAGAUUGAAGAUUUGAUAAAAGUUGAACGUGAAAAUUCUUUGAAUGAAAGAAUUCAUCAACUACAGGAAUGUAUUAAAUAUUCAGAAGACCAUUGGAUUUUUCGAUAUUUUAAUGAUAGAAAUUUUGAAGAUGAACCACAAAAAAAAGAGAUUGAAGGAAAUGAAAUUGUUCUUACUGAAAAUAAACAAAUUUAG